AUGCAGCUCUUGUUUCUUCGGGUCUUCAUUCUUUCGGGAUUCAUAUUUUACGGUUUCGUUGCGCUCAAAUGUUACGAAGGAUCCCGCGGAAUCGUAAAUGGCGAAGAUUCGAAGAAUUUCGUCGAAAAUCUUUGCGAUGAGAAUAUGCAAUAUUGCUUCGAAUCGUAUAAUACGAAUCUGACGGAAGUGACGGCGAGCUGUCAGAGUAUGGGCACCGAUCCAAAACUAUUGGAAGUGUGCAAGAUGGACGGAAUGUGUAAAAAUCGAACAGACAUUGAUGUGACAGUGUGCUGCUGCACCACCGAUUUGUGCAAUCUGCAAGAUGAUUUGAAACCGACGCCAGAGACGCCGUCGGAUGUCGACAAUAUGACGAGCGCAGAGAGAUUCCUCGAAAACACCAAUUCGACGAACGACUCAUGA